CGAGGCUUUGGGAAUUUCCAUCAGAUUAUACUAGAAAGCUCUUGGUAUGAAUUGGCUGUUAACAUUCAAAUCGAAGUUACGAGAUCCAAGCCAUGGACAUUUUAUCAUAGAGAUCGUUGUGAGACUUUGGAAAGUCUUUAUCGUGUUUUUGAGAAUUUGACAGCUCAAGUUCUCCAGCAGGAAUAUUGUCCGCCAUUUUGUAAGUCGAGUUGGCACAUCGUUGAUUCUUUGUGAGGACAGGUAAAUUUACGUAACCAUCAACAUGUCAAGUGAUUUAGAAUGCAACGAUAUUGAGUUAGAUUGUGAACAAGAUGACCUGGUUACUGAUUGUGCACCGCACACUGGACCUUUUCUUCUUGACAUUGGAGUUAGGCCUCACAUCGACUUUUCUCUAAAGAAAGGGCAUGUUUAUUCUGAACACUUUGACUCGGGCAUUGGCGAAAGCUUGAAAAGUCAGGACUUUGUUACAAAACAGCUACAAGAUUUGCACAUUUCUUCUGUUGAAAAUGUUGCGUUUUGUGAGGUGAACGAUUUACAGAGGACUGAAAACGUGACCCCCCAAAAUGAAUAUUCCCCUGCUAACCAAGUGGAUAUAGUGUACGCGCAGGAUGCAGAAGGAGACACGCAGCUUCACUUGGCUAUUAUCCAGAACAUAUAUCAACUUUGCUCAUACUUUAUCAACAUUGUUCCCCAUUAUAAUUUCCUGAACAUACAAAAUGAUAUGAUGCAAACAGUUCUGCACCUGGCUGUGAUGACCAAAAUGCCUUCAAUUGUGAGACGCCUGAUUGUGGCAGGAGCAGAUGUGACUUUUCGAGAUCACAGAGGCGAUACUCCCUUGCACAUUGCAUCCAGAUGUGGAGAUCAAGAGAGUGUCCGAGAGCUCUUAGAACCAGUAUCCUAUCAAGAAACCCUCCAAAAUUCAUACAAGAUCCCAUACCAAAAAAUUCCACAAAAUUUGGAAUUAAGAAAUUACAAUGGCCAGACGUGUCUACAUGUAGCAGCAGAGGGUUCAUAUUUAGAGGUGUUGCAUCUCUUGUUGUCCAAAGGAUCCGACAUCAACACAAUGGAUGGAAAAAGUGGAAGGACAGUAUUGCAUUACGCAGCAGAAACCAAUAACAAACCACUCUUGGAGUUCCUCUUACAAAACUACCGAGUAAAAGUUGAUGCAAGAACAUAUGGAGGUCAGACACCUCUGAUGCUUGCCCAAGGUCGAGGGCACAAUAGCGUUGUCCAGAGGCUGAUGCAGGCAGGGGCAAGAUUUCAACUCCCACGAGAAGACUCGGAUAGUGAUGACGAUAUGGAUGAGUCUAAUAGGUAGAUACAGUAUUCUGUCCAUCCCAGGACAUGACACAAAGUCCUUCAAAAGGUCAUUGUAUGGCUCAAAAACAAAUGGAGGUGAGGAAACAUGCAGUCAGCGACAACUGGCCUCUGGGACGCUGUCCAGAACAGGCUGCAGCAGAGAGGCAGUCAUCCGCCAACAGAUGCAGCUUCCAGGAAAAUAUUGCCAGUCGUGAUCAACUCUGUAAUUCUAACUGUUUCUUCGCAAUGCCAAGUGCUGGAAAUUUAACAAUACCACCGAGUUGGAAACAAGUAGAAUUACAGGAUUAAAUCAUGUGAAUCGGACCAAGAAAAGCACGUUUUGAUGAAAUACUGACAGAAUUGGACAUUGAAACAUAGCACUCGUCCCCAGUCAUAAGAUAUCAAUAUAGACUUUCUGUGUGCCAGGGAUACACAAAAAAUUACAUAACAUGCUGUAUAAUAUCAUUUCAUUACACUUACAGACUGCAGUGUACACAUUUAUAAUAUUAUGCUAUAAGAUACUGUACCAUUAGGGAUAUAUCCUAUGUAUAUACUGUACUAUUGGGGAUAUAUUCAAAUAGAUACUGUACUAUUAGGGACUAUCUAUGAGGGUAAAUGUAUAUUUCCUACCAUACAUGUUUAGGUUUUAUUGUCACGUUAUUUGUUUUUUAUCAUGAGAUAGGACAAUAGGAGUAAAAUUAAUAUUUUAAUUGAUUUACAAUGUUAGGAAAUCAUAUAUGUUUUUUACAACCAGAACGGUAAAGGCGAGGAUAUACCUAAUUUAUUAACAGCAUAUUAAUACAUUACUUUACAAGUACCACAUCAAGAGAUGUAUUUACACGAAUCCUUUGUAUAUAUAUACCCUGGUAUAUAUGGAUAAUACAAUACUAUUGUUAGGUCACUGAUUGAACGUGUGUCUGUGUGAUAUUUUCCAUAACUGUUUCCUCUUGGUAUAAUCAUCUAUACAGAUGUUGUGAUGUAAAGGAAUUGGAAGGCAAUUAUUCAUGACCUCAACCAAGACUGUACAAUUACCUUGGAGGUUAGUGAAUGUCACAAUUCGGGAGUAAAUCAACACAUUGAGAUAGGAAAAAAAGGAUAGUUUUAAGAACUGUGAAUGCUCUUGAUUGAUGCAUGUCGGAUUGAGAGAAAGACCGUUAUCAGAUAUGGGAGAUGACCAAUGAUGUCAUGACAACGGCUAUGGUGUUCCAAUGAGAGAGUACCUGUUGUGCUAGAGUGUGUACCUGUAUAGAUGUUAUUUUUUUAAAUUGUAAAAAUGUUAAAACCCCAACAAAAAAAAUACAAAAUGUUAAACAAAAUGACGGAAAAAAAUCAAUAAAAUAAUGAAAAAUA